GCUUAAAAAGCAAGUGAAUGCCUGUUGUGAAAGGAGCUUAUUACUCUUUAUCUUUGUCAGUACUUGCAAAAGCAACUUAAGUUAGUAUUAUUGGACUGAAUUCAGUAAUUAGCAUAAUCAUGAUGCUAUGUAUUGUUCACCAGAGCACGCCCCUUUGCCAAAUUUCCCAUUAAGAGGACACUGAUGUUGUCCUAGUGAAUAAAUCCCGGCACACAUGAUGCAAAUCGGCGUGUUCCUGCCUGCUGCGCUGUUGCAGUUAAUUUUAGCUGGGAUUUGUUCAGAGUAGUAAAACUGUUUACCCAAGUAGAAGUUAGUAAGCUGAAAUAUGACUUCUUGGCCUAAUGUGAUAGGAUAUCUAUUUUAGACUUCAGAUUGUGUUUAUGAUCGAGAGAACAGCCUUCUGAAGAAUUGUGGCUCAGAUUUCCUUUAAAACUACUUGAGGAGACAGCACAGCUUUCCCAGAUUGGGAGUAAAAUAUGGAAUGUGUUUUACCGCUGACCGAACACAACCAAAUGAACUGUACUGACAGUAGUUUGAAAACCAGCAGUUAGCAGUUUGUUCAGGCUCUAACAUUGUCCAGUACUUUCCAGAGCAAAUUCACUGUUUACAAGAACUCUCGGCCUUACGAAGUUUAUAACCUCAAGCUUUGUUAUUUUAACUAUUUCUGCAAAAGAAAAGUACCUGGAGCCCACUGUCCAAAAUGGCCAUGGAUGAGUAUUUGUGGAUGGUCAUUUUGGGUUUUAUCAUAGCUUUUAUCUUGGCAUUUUCGGUUGGUGCAAAUGAUGUUGCCAAUUCAUUCGGUACUGCUGUGGGCUCUGGCGUGGUGACCUUGAGACAAGCAUGCAUAUUGGCUUCAAUAUUUGAAACCACUGGCUCAGUAUUGUUGGGAGCCAAAGUCGGAGAGACCAUUCGGAAAGGUAUCAUUGAUGUGAACCUAUACAACGACACAGUAGAAACACUAAUGGCUGGGGAAGUUAGUGCAAUGGUUGGUUCAGCUGUUUGGCAGCUGAUUGCAUCCUUCCUGAAACUUCCGAUCUCAGGCACUCAUUGCAUUGUUGGCUCUACCAUAGGAUUCUCACUGGUUGCAAUUGGUACAAAAGGUGUACAGUGGAUGGAACUUGUCAAGAUUGUUGCUUCUUGGUUUAUAUCUCCACUCUUGUCUGGUUUCAUGUCUGGUGUGCUGUUUGUACUGAUCAGAAUUUUCAUCUUAAAUAAGGAGGACCCUGUUCCCAAUGGUCUUCGGGCACUUCCAGUGUUCUAUGCUGCUACUAUAGCAAUAAAUGUAUUUUCCAUCAUGUACACAGGGGCACCAGUGCUCGGUCUAGUUCUUCCCAUGUGGGCGAUAGCACUCAUCUCCUUUGGCGUUGCUCUCCUGUUUGCCCUUUUUGUAUGGCUGUUUGUGUGUCCGUGGAUGAAGAGGAAAAUAGCAGGCAAAUUGCAAAAAGAAGGUGCUUUGUCACGAGAAUCUGAUGAAAGCCUCAAUAGAGUUCAGGAAGUGGAGUCCCCAGUAUUUAAAGAGCUACCAGGUGCCAAGGCUAAUGACAACAGCACUGUCCCUCUCACGGGGUUGGCUGGGGAGACCUCCGGGGCCUCAGAAGUCACAUCAGUGGGAAACCAUCCCCGGGCCUCAUAUGGAAGAGCACUUUCCAUGACUCAUGGCUCUGCAAAGUCACCUAUCUCCAAUGGAACGUUUGGCUUUGAUGGUCAUACAAGAAGUGAUGUCCACGUGUACCACACUGUGCACAAAGACUCGGGGCUCUACAAAGAUUUACUGCACAAAAUCCACGUAGACAGAGGGCCUGAGGAGAAGCCCACCCAGGAAAACAACUAUAGGUUGCUGCGGCGAAAUAACAGUUACACUUGCUACACAGCAGCCAUUUGUGGAAUGCCAGUGCACUCGACUUUUAAAGCUGUUGAUUCGUCGUCUGCCCCCGAAGACAGUGAAAAGCUGGUGGGUGACACCGUGUCCUAUUCUAAAAAGAGACUUCGCUAUGACAGCUACUCAAGCUACUGCAAUGCGGUAGCAGAGGCUGAGAUAGAGGCAGAAGAGGGAGGUGUAGAAAUGAAGCUGGCGUCUGAGCUGACUGAUCCUGACCAGCCUCAGGAGGACCCCAUAGAAGAAGAAAAGGAGGAGAAAGAUGCAGCAGAGGUGCACCUCCUGUUCCAUUUCCUGCAAGUCCUUACUGCCUGUUUUGGAUCCUUUGCUCAUGGUGGCAAUGACGUGAGUAAUGCCAUUGGUCCCCUGGUAGCUUUGUGGCUCAUUUACAAACAAGGUGGAGUAUUACAAGAAGCAACUACUCCUGUCUGGCUGCUGUUUUAUGGAGGAGUCGGAAUUUGUACAGGUCUCUGGGUUUGGGGGAGAAGAGUGAUCCAGACCAUGGGAAAGGACCUCACUCCAAUCACACCAUCCAGUGGCUUCACCAUUGAACUGGCCUCAGCGUUCACGGUGGUGGUUGCCUCCAACAUUGGGCUUCCUGUCAGCACCACACACUGCAAGGUGGGCUCAGUGGUGGCUGUGGGCUGGAUCCGCUCCCGGAAGGCCGUCGACUGGCGCCUCUUCAGGAACAUCUUUGUGGCCUGGUUUGUGACGGUGCCCGUGGCUGGGUUAUUCAGUGCUGCUAUUAUGGCUCUUCUCAUGUAUGGGAUCCUUCCCUAUGUGUGAUCUGCCAUCUUCCACCCAGUCAGCCAGUAAAGGGAUGGUCUGGCGUGGGCAUGCGUUGGAGGUGUGUUUCACAUAUCAUGCACAUGCACACACACGCACACACACAUCCUGUCUCCCAACCGGCGCCAACAUAUCCUUUCAGAUAGUUCCAUAUGACAACACUGUUCACCUGGGCUGCAAAGAGUCAUCCUCCAGAGCUAACUUAAUACUGUAUAUAAUAAUGUGUAUUAAACUGGUAUCGUGGUGAUAUAAUGUGGUGCAGUUACUUAUGUAUUAAAUAUAUAUUGUAUACAUAGAAUAGGUAGCAUUAUUUCAAACAUAUUCAAACUGGGAGUAGAGGGAAUUGC